AUGUCCUAUGGAUGGAACAGAGAUUCUAAUUCUGCUCCACAGCAAUCAGCAGCAGACCUUGCCAGUUCUUUCUUAAACUCUGUAGGUCAAGAGCUUCACGGUGCUUCUAGCGAAACCCCUUACGGUGGUGGCCACGAAACUCAAGGUCGUUACGGCGAAGAGAUGGGGUAUCAUGGAGGAAAUGACGACUACCGCAGCAACAGAAGAGAAGGUGGCGGAGGUGGAGAUAUGGACAGAGGAAACAGAGAUGGACGUCAUAGCAGAGACCGUUACCAUGAUAGAUCGCGCGACAACCGAGACAGUAGACGCAGAAGAUCCAGAGAUAGACGUGAGCGCUCACCUCGCGACCGUCACCAUGGCAGAAGCAACAGAGAUGAUAGAGAUUAUCGCAGCAGCAGACGUAGAAGAAGCCCUAGUCCUCGUCGUUCAAGCAGAAGACGUAGCCCUAGUUCUCGUCGACGUGAUGAUGAAAAUGUCAUUCCAUUGAGUAAAAGAGAAAAGAAGCUUCACAACUGGGAUAUGGCUCCUGCCGGCAUGGAAGGCAUGUCAGCUGAACAAGUCAAAUCGACUGGUCUCUUUCCUUUACCUGGUCAAGUAGUUGGCACUCGUACCCCUCAAUCCUUCCAACCUCCUCCUCCUUCAGACCAUAUGAUGCACGAUGGAUCUCGUAUUCGCGUCACUCAGGGUGCUGCUGGCCCUGUUGCCUUGAAUGCUACGUUAGCUAGACAAGCCAAGAGACUCUAUGUUGGACAAAUUCCCUUUGGCAUCGAUGAAAAGCCCAUGGCUGAUUUUUUCAACGAGACAAUGGAGAAGUUACACUUGGCAGAUACAACACCUGUUUUGGCUGUCCAAAUCAAUCAUGACAAAAACUACGCAUUUGUUGAAUUUCAAACACCUGAACAGGCAACUUCUGCCAUGGCAUUUGACGGCAUCAUGUUCCAAGGACAACAACUCAAGAUUCGCAGACCCAAAGAUUACCAAGCACCUGUUGAUGGAGAAUAUGGCGAUCUGUCAAAUCAAUUGCCUGGAUUAGUGUCUACCAACGUGCCCGACACACCCAACAAGAUCUUUAUUGGUGGUCUCCCUGUAUAUUUGAAUGACGAUCAGGUUGUCGAGUUAUUAAAAUCAUUUGGUGAACUGCGUGCCUUCAAUCUAGUCAAGGACCCAGUAACUGGAGCCAACAAAGGGUUUGCUUUCUGUGAGUAUGCGGACCCUAGUGUCACAGAUUUGGCCUGCCAAGGUUUGAACAAUAUGGAGUUGGGCGAUCGUAAAUUGGUGGUUCAACGUGCUAGCGUCGGCGCCAAGCAUGGCUUGCUCCCUACUGAAUAUGCAACUGGUCAAUUACCUCUUACUGUUGCGGACUAUUUACCCAUCUCAAGUGCCAAGGAAGAGGAGGCUACUCGUGUGUUGCAAUUGAUGAAUAUGGUGACACCCGAUGAAUUAGAGGAUGAUGAGGAAUACAAAGAUAUUUGGGAUGAUAUUGCAGAAGAGUGUUCCAAGUUUGGCACCAUUAUCGAUAUGAAGAUUCCUCGACCAAGCAAGAGUGGACCUGUUCCUGGAUGUGGUUUGAUCUUUGUCAGAUAUGAAGAUUCUCAACAAACACUAGCAGCCUUGCGUUCGCUUGCAGGCCGUAAAUUUGCAGAUAGAACUGUCGUAGCCACCUUUAUUGACGAGGAAAAUUACUUGAGUGAUAACUUUUAA